AAAGUACAUAGACAAAACUAAGCACGAGUGCUGAAACCCCAAUGGCGUAGCACAUUUCAGGACUCUGGGAGCCUCCGUGACCCGGAUAUAUCGUUCCACAAAGACCGCGCCUCUGUUUCAUGUACAGUCCAUUGUGUAAACUCGUUUAGAUAUACUGAACCUAACAUUACAGUGUCUGCGAUUUCUCUUUAGGAUUGUUUCUGUAAUAAACGAAUUGUGGUGACCGCGAUGAUCUGAACGCCUUCAUAACAAGUCAGAAUGUUGUUGCAUGACCAUCCCCAGGGGGACACAGAGCCAAUGAUUCCAGAAGUAUUCAUGAAUCCAACCUUCAGCCUGACGCAAGCGGGGAGGCAGCAAGACAUGACCUUUGACAUGACCUUUCCUCACAUCCCGCCGCUGCCCAACGUGUCCCUCCCCUCGGGUCUGGUUGAGUCCACCGCGACCACGUCCAUGAGGAUGUCCAGCGGAGGACUGGGCGCCAACAGCAGUAGCUGCGACAAUCUGGACAUCGCCAGCGGUAUUCAGGGCAGUGCCAAAGCGUUGACCUGCACGGCGUCUGGACUCUCAGAGAUGCCAGGCUUGAUCUACAGGUCAGAGUCGACUCCGGAGUUGACGGAGCUGGCUCGGCCUUCAUCUGUUGCUGGAGUUCUGUUAUUAGAUUCUGCCGACCAGGGCGCUGCUGGAAAUAUGAGCGGAGAUGUUACAAAUGCGAUGAUGUCCACUCUGCCGCAAGGUCAUGAAUUCAUCGUUGACCGCAACACUAUGACCUUACCUCUAAAGUCUGACGUCAAGCGUUCCAACCUGAAGAAGAGACUGUACACUCCCUCCUCCUCACUCACCUCCCCGUUUGUCCAUCGCCAUGGGAGCGCAGUGGAGAACACCAAAAAGUCCAUCAGUUUCAGCAGCAUUGUACACUUCCAGGGGAAUCCCGACGCUGAGACUGAGAAUUUGAUCGAAACGUCCACCUCUUUCACUGUCCCUAGAGCCAACAGUGAGACUGGCCCGCGGCCUUCCCUUCGUGACCUCUUCAAGCGAGUCGCUGUUGCACAGGAGAUCUCUGGAAGACGCGAUAAGGACAUCUCGGGUUUCUCUAGAUGGGACACAAAAUCCCCAGAACAAUCGGAUCUAGAUUCCGACUCCAAAGCUAAACCUUGGUCCCCUGCGGGAGGGUCAGAAGGAAACAAAUUUUCCAGAGCUUUGAAGAACUUUCGCGGCAAACAGAUGAAGGGUGCCAAUGAGGAGCAGAAGCAGCGGUUUCUGGUGGUCAGGGCAGAGCAGGGCCUGCCGCCGACAAACACUGUCAUCUCCACGAUGGAAUCGGGCCAGACGGCCAAGAACGAGUCCACGUUUCUCCCGACAGAUAAUGAGGAUACAAUGACAUCCUUGUUUGGGAGCGAGUGGGCGGUACAGCUCAGGGCCAAAAGAAAUGGUAUACCGCCCUCUGCAGGGAGUGUUUCCAUGGCAUCAGAUGACGUCUUUGGAUCACAGAAAAGUAGACACGGUUCUGGUGAACCCCAGGGAUUUUUACCGGAAGUUCUUAAAAAUAGUUUAGUCAUCAUGCUGAGUGGUAUCUACGGCAUUGUGCUUGUGGUACUUGGCCUUGUUCUGCCCAUCGCAGAAACGUAUGCUGACCCCAAGAAGACGCAUUUCUUUGAGAUAUUCUACCUGUACCUGUACGCUGUCAGCAUGAUCUUCCUGGUCUACGUGUAUACGUACCUCCUCAGGCGAGAGAAACUCAGCCUCCUGUCUUGGCCCAAGCGCUUCUCCAGUAGACUGUCCCUCAGGUUCAGCAGAACACCGUCCACCUCGCAGAGAUCAUCACUUGAGAAAGAGGCAAGCACUCCAGUGAAACAUGCUGCCACCGGUUCUCUGUCUUCCAGGAACAGUUUCACCAGCAGUACACUCUCCACCAGGAGCAGACGUCGGAAAAUUGGUUUCAAUUCGGAGACAUCCCAUCACACUGGCAGUUUUUAUCUCAGAGUCGGCGUCAUUGGAUUUGGAAUAGGCAGCAUGUUGCACAGCGGUCUUGUGUUCGGCCAUUACUUUGAAAUCAAUCAUCUUGGACAUCCUUGCAGUGAUAUAGUGGAGGCCAUCAAGCCCAUAGCUCACUUGUGUUUCACAUUUGUCCAGAUGUAUUUCAUCUUUAGGAACUCCAAGAUGUGUGUCCACAAGUAUAAGACUUUGGCCAGGUUCGGCCUGAUCCACAUGAGUGCUACCAACAUCUGCGUCUGGCUGAGGUCGAUCGUGGUGGAGACUGUCCACGUCAUCAUGUCUGACCAGAGGGAGCGGCACGAGGCGAUAGAGCGGUCAUCUGGAGCUAUUAACGUGUCAACCGUCAAUGGCACAAGACAGAAUCUCUAUCAGGCGGCUUUAAGUGAGGAUCUGGGAACUCUUCCUGAGGUGGACUGCCACUGGGACGCCAUGAUGGGGAAGAUAGUGGAGAAGUCUUCACUCUAUCUUUACCCGUGUACUAUAGAAUACAGUUUGGUCUGUGCUUGUGUUUUGUAUGUCAUUUGGUCCAACGUUGGUGAAGGGACAAGCGCCAGAAGACUACAGAGUCUGGAAUCCGCUUCGGACGACGGCGUGUCCAGGGAGAGCACCGAGGAUGCCGAGGAACCGAGCCACAUGAUGAGCGUGGACUGCGCGGGGUCCAGCCGGGGUCUCUUCCUCGGGAUCUUCCUGUUCGUCUUCUGUGUGGUGUGCAUGGUCUCUUUCUACGUGUUGUCCAGCUCAGAGGAACACGUGGAAGCAGCAACAGUGCUAGGUCACAUUUCUGAAGAUAUUGUCUAUAUACUGGCCCUUAUAGCCACAGCCAUAGCCGGUCAUCACAUGAGCAGCCUGCACUACUCUACAACUAAAGAGGUGGGCCUGGAAGAGAUUCUUAUGUUGAUCUCAUUAUCAGGUCUGGGUUUAUUUGGAGUAUUUAGUAUUGUAUCUGGGUCUUUCUACAUCGACACACUGCGAGGAGGCAUUACCGUCAUGACCAACGUCCUGAUGCUGUUGCAGGCUGGUUCCCAAGCGACCUUCAUAUUGGCAGCACUGCGAGCCUCUGCUAAACACCGCUCUCAGGUUCGCUCCAAACCAGGAAGGCAGUACGUUAUAUUUCUACUGAUCUCAAACUUUGCGCUCUGGGCGAUGAACACAUUUGAGACUCAGAGAAUGGAACAUAACGUGAUACAGGUUCAGUUUUACGGACCAACGGCCUGGGCGAUAUUCUCUCACAUCUCUGUACCAUUGGGCAUUUACUUCCGGUUUCAUUCGACUGUGUCAUUAUCUACCAUCUGGAAACAAGCCUGGAAGCUAAAACACACCCACGCCUUGGAGUCUCUCUCACACACACAUCAUUAGUUGAAGAUUGGAAUGAGUGAAAGUAUAACAUUGGGAAGGAGUGAAAGUAUAACGUUGGGAAGGAGUGAAAGUAUAACGUUGGGAAGGAGUGAAAGUAUAACGUUGGAAAGGAGUGAAAGUAUAACGUUGGGAAGGAGUGAAAGUAUAACGUUGGAAAUGACAAAUGAUGAAACUGAGUGGAGUUAACGAGAAAUGAAUUUCUUGGGAGUUUCUUGGACGAAUAGAUUGCUGAUUGGACGAAUAGAUUGCUGAUUGAGAGAAGAGAUUGCUGAUUGGACGAAUAUAUUGCUGAUUGGACGAAUAGAUUGCUGAUUGAGAGAAUAGAUGGCUGAUUGGACGAAUAGAUUGCUGAUUGAGAGAAUAGAUUGCUGUUUGGACAAAUAGAUUGCUGAUUGAGAGAAUAGAUUGCUGAUUGGAUGAAUAGAUUGCUGAUUGAGAGAAUAGAUUGCUGAUUGGAUGGAUAGAUUGCUGAUUGGAUGGAUUGCUGAUUGGACGAAUAGAUUGCUGAUUGAAUGGAUUACUGAUUGGACGAAUAGAUUGCUGAUUGGACGAAUAGAUUGCUGAUUGAGAGAAUAGAUUGCUGAUUGGACGAAUAGAUUGCUGAUUGGACGAAUAGAUUGCUGAUUGGAUGAAUAGAUUGCUGAUUGAAUGGAUUACUGAUUGGACGAAUAGGUUGCUGAUUGGAUGAAUAGAUUGCUGAUUGGAUGAAUAGAUUGCUGAUUGGAUGAAUAGAUUGCUGAUUGAGAGAAUAGAUUGCUGAUUGGAUGGAUAGAUUGCUGAUUGGAUGGAUUGCUGAUUGGACGAAUAGAUUGCUGAUUGAAUGGAUUACUGAUUGGACGAAUAGAUUGCUGAUUGGACGAAUAGAUUGCUGAUUGAGAGAAUAGAUUGCUGAUUGGACGAAUAGAUUGCUGAUUGGAUGAAUAGAUUGCUGAUUGAAUGGAUUACUGAUUGGACGAAUAGGUUGCUGAUUGGAUGAAUAGAUUGCUGAUUGGACGAAUAGAUUGCUGAUUGGAUAGAUUGCUGAUUGGAUGGAUUGCUGAUUGGACGAAUAGAUUGCUGAUUGGAUGAAUAGAUUGCUGAUUGGACGAAUAGAUUGCUGAUUGGAAGAAUAGAUUGCUGAUUGAGAGAAUAGAUUGCUGAUUGAGAGAAUAGAUUGCUGAUUGAGAGAAUAGAUUGCUGAUUGAGAGAAUAGAUUGCUGAUUAAAUGGAUUGCUGAUUGGAUGAAUAGAUUGAUGAUUGGAAGAAUAGAUUGCUGAUUGGACGAAUAGAUUGCUGAUUGGACGAAUAGAUUGCUGAUUGAGAGAAUAGAUUGCUGAUUGGACGAAUAGAUUGCUGAUUGAAAGAAUAGAUUGCUGAUUGGACGAAUAGAUUGCUGAUUGGACGAAUAGAUUGCUGAUUGAGAGAAUAGAUUGCUGAUUGAGAGAAUAGAUUGCUGAUUGAGAGAAUAGAUUGCUGAUUGAGAGAAUAGAUUGCUGAUUGAAUGAAUAGAUUGCUGAUUGAGAGAAUAGAUUGCUGAUUGAAUGAAUAGAUUGCUUAUUGGACGAAUAGAUUGCUGAUUGGACGAAUAGAUUGCUGAUUGAGAGAAUAGAUUGCUGAUUGAAUGAAUAGAUUGCUGAUUGAGAGAACAGAUUGCUGAUUGAAUGAAUAGAUUGCUUAUUGGACGAAUAGAUUGCUGAUUGGACGAAUAGAUUGCUAAUUGGACGAAUAGAUUGCUGAUUGGACGAAUAGAUUGCUGAUUGGACGAAUAGAUUGCUGAUUGAGAGAAUAGAUUGCUGAUUGGACGAAUAGAUUGCUGAUUGGACGAAUAGAUUGCUGAUUGAAUGGAUUGCUGAUUGGACGAAUAGAUUGCUGAUUGGAUGAAUAGAUUGCUGAUUGGACGAAUAGAUUGCUGAUUGUGUGAAUAGAUUGCUGAUUGUGUGAAUAUAUUGCUACAUGAUCAGAAGCGUUGCUUGUAAUUUAUACAUUGAAUAUUUUGUUAAUGUUUGUGUAAAUCAUCAUUAUUAUUUUUACUUUGAUCAAUGAAUAUUUUAAACUGCUAGUGAAUGACAGCAAACAUGUAGUAAGAUUGAUAUUAAUAUGUGUGGAAUCUCAUCUCAUCUCUGCCUCUGGGGCAUAGGUCGCCAACCAGCUUCCUCCAGUUUUGAACUAAAGAUGAUAUUUGGUUGAGAGUAAAUCUGAAAGCUUUUGAAAGUAGACUGUCAAUGUAUUUCUGUUAUGCUCAGCGUUGAAAAAAAAAUGCGUCAAGUAGACAAGAAGAAUGUCAAUAAUUAUAAGAGAAGAAUGUAAAUAAUCAUAAGAGAAAGACAUUUAUUUUGUAAUAAUACAAAUGACAAUCAGACAGUAACUGUGUAUAUUAAGCACCAUGGACCAUUAAGAGAUUUGUUAACAUUAUCGAAAUUCUAGUAGAUUUGAUGCAGAGAAAUAGUGUAGUUAUAUAGUUUGCAUUUUAGUUUUAGAGUUUUAAUUUGUUUGAAGGUAUAGAGAAUAGAAACAUGAAUAGUAUCGAGUAUUCUUUGGUUAUCUAGACAUUUAAUUCACGUUAUGUCUAAAAAUGUAAAGCCACAUUGUGAAAAUGUAUUUUUUUCCAAUACGAAUAAAUACUAUGACCUACCUUACUUUUAGGCAAAAUAGUGCAUAGUUUUAUUGUAAAAGUUUACAGAAAGAUGUUAGUCAAAAAAUCAAGCUUGUUCCAGAAUUACUUUACAAAUAUAUAGUAACCACGUGACAGCUGUCAAAACAAUGGCUCUGCAUGCAUUGCUUAAUGUUUCACAUCGUUUUCAAACAUGUAUAAAUCUUUGCGUCUGUUUACUGAUGAUGUUUUUGAAUAAUUAAAAUAUAAUUUGUCAGUUUAUUUCCAAUC